UGUGUGUGUGUGGUAGAUAAAGCUUGGCGCAGACCUCUGCAUCACAUCACAACUGCUCUUGUGGAAGAACAGACUGGACUCCUCUGGAGGAUCAAUCUCAGAUAUGAGGCUCCGCUCCUGGCCUGGAGCUCAGCUUCUCCUUCCCCUCCUGCUUCUUCAAGCCAUCCUGCAUGUCACCGCGGACGACAAACCCACGGAGAGACACUACUACAUAGCAGCCGUUGAGAUUGACUGGAACUACCCAGGCCAUGUGGACGACAGGUUCACUUACAAGAAGGUGGUCUUUCGGGAGUAUGAGAAAGGCUUCCGACAGGCCAAGGCACAUCCCCCCUGGUUAGGUCUGCUUGGCCCCACGCUGCGCGCAGAGCUGGGGGAGACCAUCGUCGUCACUUUCAGAAACAUGGCGAGCAGACCGCACAGCAUCCACCCACACGGCAUCGCUUACGGGAAGCAGUCUGAAGGAGCUCACUACUUUGACAACACGUCGCUGAAAGAGAAAGAAGACGACUUGGUGCAGCCCAACAGCGAACACGUCUACUACUGGGAGGUGACUCCGGAAGUUGCUCCACAGAUCAACGACUCGACCUGCCUCACCUACACGUACAUCUCACACCGAAACGUGGUGGAGGAGUACAACUCCGGUCUCAUCGGCACUUUGCUCCUUUGCAAGAAUGGCAGUCUGGAUGCGACAGGACAACAGAAGGGCGUGGACCAAGAGUUAGUGUUUCUCUUUGGGGUUUUUGAUGAGAAAGUGAGUGAGACGGUGCCGAAAGGAUACCCUCUGGACAACCACGUCAAACACACCAUUAACGGAUACACAAAGGGAGCCUUGCCCGGUAUCACUUUAUGUGCCCACUCCUUUGUCAGCAUCCAUCUUCUGGGAAUGAGCUCAGAACCUGAGUUGUUCUCAGUCCACCUCAGUGGACAUGUCCUGCAGCAUAUGGGCAAUAAAGUGUCCUCGGUGGGCCUCAUCAGCGGCUCCACCGCCACAGCCUCGGUGGUGCCGGCGUACACCGGCCGCUGGCUUUUAUCCUCGUACAUCAACAAGCACAUGGAAGUUGGCAUGCAUGCAUUUGUGGAUGUGAAGAAAUGUGAUGGAUUCCCGGCGCCGCGGCGAAGCCUGUCCAUCGCCCAAAAACGAGACAGCUCAGAGUGGACCUACUUCAUAGCUGCCGAGGAAGUUUUGUGGAACUACGCGCCAAAUCCACCCAAACACAUCGACUCGAGCUUUGAGGCCCAGUUUCUCACCAUGUCGGCCACUCGGAUCGGACAGGUGUACAAGAAGGUGGUGUACACGCUGUAUAAAAACGAGUCGUUCACAGAGCGUCUGGAGAGCAAGCAAAGACGGAGCGAGCUUGGUAUUCUGGGACCGGUGAUCCGAGCCCAAGUUCGAGACGUCAUAAAGAUCGUCUUCAAGAACAAGGCCUCCAGACCAUACAGCAUCUACCCGCAUGGCCUGACCAUAGAAAAGUCAGACGAAGGAGUAAACUACCCUGCUGGAGGGAACCACACUCAUGGUGUAGAGCCGGGAGAGACGCAUACCUAUUUUUGGAGGGUCAUUGAGGAAGAUAGACCGCUGGAAGGAGACUCUCGAUGUCUGACCCGCAUGUAUCACAGUGCUGUUGACGCACCACGGGACAUCGCCUCGGGACUGAUAGGACCGAUCCUCAUCUGUAAGAGUCGCUCUCUCAACAAAAAGAAUGUACAGUUGAGAGCAGACAAGGAGCAACACGCCAUGUUUGCUGUCUUUGAUGAGAACAAGAGCUGGUACUUUGAUGAGAACAUUCGAAUGUUUGCUGAUCCAUCAAGAGUGAACAAAGGGGAUCCAGAGUUCUACAAGUCGAACGUCAUGCACACAAUAAACGGUUACGUGUAUGAAAGCGGCCCCUUGCUUGGGUUCUGUUACGGCGAGGUUGUCACAUGGCACGUGUCCAGCAUCGGAGCCCAGGACUACAUUCAGACGGCGACAUUCUACGGUCACCCGUUUGAAGUAAACGGACGGACAGAAGACUUCCUCAGCCUCUAUCCUAUGACUGGAGAGACCAUCGCUAUGAACAUGGAAAAUAUUGGAGUGUGGCUGGUAUCGUCAUUGAAUUCCCACGAAUCCACAAAAGGAAUGCGAGUGAAAUUCCAAGAUGUCGAGUGCUUCCGGGAAAACCAGUACGAGUAUGAAGAUGGCGAUGAGCCGCAGUUCGAAGUGUGGGCACCUCCAACAUCAGAGGAGGUCGCAAUGGAGGUGAACAAAGCUGUUUCGACAAGCCUUGACACGACAGAGGACGACACUUAUACAGACAUGUACGCAGAUCUGUUAGGUAUCAGGUCCCAUAAGAACAAAUCUCGUGACUCCGAUGUGGAGAAGUUAGAUCUGUCAAUGCUGGACUACGAUUUUAUUGAUGUGCUUGUUGAAGAUCCCGAUAACACUACCCUGAACACAGAUGACUUAAUUCCAUCACCAAGAAACGAUUCAUCUAAUGGGACCAGACUAGAUGGAUCACAGAAGCACGGGAAAAGAAAUGCCAGGAUGACAAAAGAAGAGAACACAAGUCUCACUCUCGCAGUACAACAGCUGACACAAGUCACCAUCGAACAACAAACAACCAGUCCCAUCCAAGAGCCAACCAAUCUGACCCUCCCAACUCAAGGGCCAACCAAUUUGACCCUCCCAACUCAAGGGCCAACCAAUUUGAUCAAUCUGACCCUCCCAACUCAAGGGCCAACCAAUCUGACCCUCCCAACUCAAGGGCCAACCAAUCUGACCCUCCCAACUCAAGGGCCAACCAAUCUGACCCUCCCAACUCAAGAGACAACCAAUCUGACCCUCCCAACUCAAGGGCCAACCAAUCUGACCCUCCCAACUCAAGGACUACCAGAACAAGAUCCAACCAAUCCCACCCAAGUGCUCAUAAAUCAGACCCUCUCAAGCCCAAAGCCAGACUCAAAACAUAGUAUGGAGCAGACUGAUGAAAAACACACAAGAGGGGAUGUUUUCACGUAUGAAGAACCAUCAGGCGCAGAAGACCUUAUCAAUAAUGUAGUGCCUUAUAUCCAAGAUGCCAAAGGGGACAGUUACACGGUCAAUGAAACAAAGUUCAAGCUCACACCCUCAGUGAACAGACUUCAGUCAAAUUACUCUUCGAUGGAAGAAUCAAAUAGUUUAGAAGAUGUCGCCUAUUUUACUGAGGAACUGUUGACCCAAAAUGUCUCCAAUUCCAGCGAUGAGUUGGCCCAGAGCUUCUCAGAAGAAGAUGGUUUCACAGAAAGUUCAGAAGAAGUGAUUAUAUAUCUGAAAGAAAACCAAACGGAAGUUAUAAAAACAACUUCUGUCAACGUCAAGGAUCACAACUGGCCUUACACAGGAACCCACGAAAUGGUACCCAUGAUGAUUCCUGAGGACUUGAUCAAGUACAUUGGAAAUAAAACCUCGGGGGCGCCGAUGAAAAAACGAAAAAUGAAGAAGAUCAACCUGAGACAGUGGCCACUAAAGGGUCUUGGCAUGAAAACAAAAAGGAAAAAGGAAUACAAGCCUCAGGUCAAGAAUGGCCAACCAUUCUCACCUCGAGGAUUCAAUCCCAUUAUGACGCCACGUGGUUCAAGACCCAUUUCAACACAACCGAUGUUGGACAAUGAGGAGCUUUUAAACCUGCCUUUGGUCAUUGCUGUGCCACGGCCUGAUUUCAGCGACUACGAAAUCUACAUUCCAGGAGAGGAACCAGAUCACCUGGACGUGGAUUUGCACAAUGUCAAUGGUGAUGAAUAUGAGUAUGUGAGUUACAAAGAUCCCUACAGCAGUCAAGAAGAGAUCAAGGAUUUCUCCUUGGAUGAGACCACCAAAUACCUCCUACAAGGUUCAGGUCCAAAUGACAAGACUUACUACAUCUCUGCAGAAGAGGUGGAGUGGGAUUACGCCGGCUAUGGUCAACGGAGACAAGACAAGUCAGAUUCUCUAAACAGCAGAGAAACCGUGUUCAACAAGGUGAUCUUCCGUGGAUAUUUGGACAGCAACUUUAGAUCUCCGGAUAUCAGAGGGGAGAUGGACGAGCACCUUGGAAUUCUGGGACCAGUCAUCAAAGCUGAAGUGGAUCAGACUAUUAAGGUGGUCUUCAGGAACAAUGCCAACCGCCCAUUCUCUAUUCAUCCUAAUGGAGUUUCUUACACCAAGAGGACUGAGGGCCUCUCCUACGAGGAUGGCUCAAAAUACUGGUACCAGUAUGACAAUGAGGUCAAACCAAAUACUACCUUCACCUAUGUGUGGACGGCCAAUUCAAAGGUUGGGCCAUCUUCCAAUGAGUCUGACUGUCGGACCUGGGCGUACUACUCCGGUGUCAAUCCUGAAAAGGACAUCCACUCUGGUUUGAUCGGACCAUUGCUGGUGUGUCGGAAAGGCACUUUGGACAAGCAGGUCACUGACAUGAGAGACUUCACGCUGCUGUUCAUGACUUUCGACGAGUCACAGAGCUGGUACUACGACAUGAACCGUGAACGGAUACGGAGGAAGAGUCGAAGGAAAAUGCGAGACUUUCACGGAGAGAACCUUAAGUUUCACUCUAUUAAUGGAAUUAUCCAUAGCUUGAAGGGCUUGAGGAUGUAUACCAACCAACUGGUCCGCUGGCAUUUGAUCAACAUGGGUUCUCCAAAGGACUUUCAGAGUGUCCACUUCCACGGGCAGACCUUCAUCCACAAGAAGACAACCAGCUACAGACAGGCUGUUUACCCGCUGCUGCCUGGUAGCUUUGCCACGCUAGAGAUGUACCCAUCAAAGCCAGGCCUGUGGCAACUGGAAUCUGAAAUCGGGUUCAACCAGCAGAAGGGGAUGCAGACACUCUUUCUGGUUCUGGAUAAUGAGUGCUACCGACCACUUGGUCUGGAGUUGGGCAGCGUGAAUGAUGAUCAGAUCACCGCCAUAAACACUAGAGGCUACUGGGAGCCCCAACUCGCCAGAUUAAACAAUCACGGUAAAUACAACGCCUGGAGCACAGAGCACAACAACAGCUGGAUCCAGGUGGACUUCCAGAGACCAGUAGUCAUCAGCCAAGUUGCAACUCAGGGUGCCAAGUGGAUGUUCAAGUCUCAGUACGUAGUCAAAUACUUCAUCUCCUACAGCAACGACAAACGGAAGUGGAUCUACUACAAGGGUGAUAGCCACCACCUCAGAAAGGUCUUUAUGGGGAACCAGGAAGCCUAUGAAACGAAGACAAACACAUUCUUUCCUCCACUGAUCGGCCGUUUCGUCAGACUCCACCCUUUUGAGUGGUACAGCAAGGCGACAGUGAGGAUGGAGUUUUACGGGUGCGAGCUUGACGGCUGCUCUGUGCCUCUGGGAAUGGAAAGCAGACGGAUAGAAGAUCAUCGCAUCACUGCCAGCUCCACAGCCAGCAGUUGGAACUGGGAAUCGUGGAAACCCUCCCUGGCACGUCUCAAUAAGAAGGGAACGGUCAAUGCGUGGCAAGCAAGGUAUAAUGACCAGAACCAGUGGCUUCAGGUGGAGCUACCGGAAAUUAAGAAGAUCACAGGCAUCAUUACACAGGGAGCAAAGUCUUUGAUGAAAGAGAUGUACGUGGUCUCCUACACUUUGCAGUACAGCAAUGAUGGUCUACACUGGAGCCAUUACACCGACGAGGACGAAAACCUACCCAAGAUUUUCAGGGGAAACACGGACAACAAUGAGCAUGCAAAGAACUACAUUUACCCGCCCAUUUUCUCACGCUUCAUUCGCAUCAACCCAAAGAGCUGGAUGGGUUCCAUCACCAUGAGGAUUGAGCUGCUAGGAUGUGACUUUGAGUGACACUGACACAGAAGUAUUCCACAUUUUACGUGAUACAUCGCCAAGUACAUGUUUGUUAUCUAUCAUUGUCAUCUUCAGGAGCAUCCACUCGACUCUUGAACAAGGGUUUCAAAGUGAUCAUUGCAGAUCAGGACACCUGAUCCAUGGAGGAUCUGUACAACCCUUCAAGAAAAAAGAAAGAAAAAGAAAAGUUCCUCACUCUGUAAAUGAAUACAUACAGUAUUACAUGAAUGAGACAGAGAUUAAGGUGGUCACAGCCACUCCAUAAUCCUGAUAUACCGCUUCAUUCACUAUCUCUGCUUAGAAGUCAUCUCAUAUUCCAAUUGGUUGGUUGCCUCCUCCCAACUGUUGUGCCUCCUGAGCAAAGGAAGGACAAACCAGGAACCAUCAGAAGGCUGAACUGAAUAUGAAUCCCAUAUUAAUAAAUCUUCCACAGUUUCUGCUGACUUCACUCUAGAUGCUCUGCCGUCCAAAAAUACGAAUUUGAAGUGCACUUAUGAGACUGAUGUAAAUAUGUAAAGACAACGUCAUGUGUUUUUCCAAUAAAUGUGCUUUUCAUUCA